UGAAUGGCGACUAUAAUGGCUUAGCAUUGACUGUGACUGUCUGUGAGUCACUGAAACACUGAACUUAACACUGCAUUAGACUAUGAAUUGAGUAAUAGUUGUAUUAUUGAGUGUUUUGUGACAUUCAUUAUACGUAUUAUUGACUCAAAUGCUAACUCAAGACAUAAAAACCAUUAAUAAAGCGAUUGUUGUUUUAAGACUUGAUUUAUAAAUUGAUCGACAAUUUUGAAUACAAUAAUGGAUUUGUCGACCACAGGAAAGGCCGGAUACGAGGCAUCAGAUGUUCUCGAAGAUGCCCUACAGCUGGCCGUCGAUGAAGAGCUCAAAGAGGACAUAACCAUCAUUGAUGAGUCCAGUAGUUCAUCAAAGGUAAAUAUGAAAGCAACCAAUAAUGAGGUAAACUCUAAGAACUUUAAUGAGGACUCGGCUCCCGAACAGACAGCAUCAAUGAUGUCACCCCCGAGACCAGAGACGGCACCCGUUUUGAUGCCGCUUACUAUAGAGGACAAGAUAUCAAUGGAUACAUCAAAAUUAAAGACAACGGCCACCGAUGAUACUUCACUUAUUGUCAAUAUUGAUGACACACAAAGUGAUCUAAUGGACAAUGAUCUCGAAGACGAUACAUCAUUGAGAAAUACAAGCAAAGAUAGCACUGAUACUAAAUCAGUCAGAAAAUCGCUCAAUGAGUCGACCAACAGUCAAGACUCAUCUAAAUCAGUCAAUGAUAAAGCAUCGGGAGAUGAAUCCAAAGAUAACACCAAUAAGUUGGAGAAGGAUUCAUCUAAAAACAAGAGCUCAAAUACUCAGAAGGAUAACAAAAUUAAAGCAAAAGGUAUUAAAAACGGAAAUACACAGCAAAACGGUUGCAAUAUAUGGGUGAAUGGGUUACCACAAGAGGCCAAGGCCUGUGAUCUACAGACCCUGUUCUCCAAACACGGCAAAGUUGUGAGCGCGAAGAUCAUUAAAAAUACCCGCGUGUCCGGCAACCGAUGCUAUGGAUUCAUUACUAUGGAAAACAGCGAACAGGUGUCCAAAUGUAUUCAACAUUUAAACAAAUCGGAAUUGCAUUCAAGUGUUAUUAAACUUUCGAGAAGCCGACCAACAGAAAUCACUUCUAAAGCAAUGGCCACUCGAAAAAUGACUGUUCCCAUCAAAAAGGUUACCACAAAAUCUUCAUCUGCUAAGACUAACACAUCCAAAGAGGCCGAUAAUAAGGAUACGAAAAGCGAUGAGAAGAAUGAUGAAAAAAAUAAAAGUAAAACUUUAGACGAUAAGACAGAUAAGAAAACUGUAUCUGAAGGUAGUUCCAGAAGAGACAGUGAAGCCAAGGACAAUGAAACGAGAAGAAUUAUUCGUCCGCCAUUUCACGAGCGUUUGAUAUCACUUCGUAGACCUACUGUACCAUUUCGACGUCCCAUACCUUUUCAGAGAGCUUUUCAACACAACGGUUCCAACAUUCGUGGAUUUCAUAGGAAUGGGUUUAAUCGUGGCGGCACUUUUGGUCGCGGAGGGUUUACACGCGGAGCUAUGUUUCGCGGAGGGUUUUCACGAGGAGUUAUGCGACCUAUGGUUGGAAUCAGACCGGAUGUUGAGAGACAUAUCAGAGAACGUGAAAGAGAGCGUCGAAUCAGAGAAGAGCGCAGACAUCGAGAGGAAGUUCUUAGAGUUGAACACAUGAAAAGAGAUAUUGAGAGAGAAGAAAGGGUUAGAUUUGAAAAAGAGAAGGAAAGACUUAAAUUUGAAAGAAUGAAACUCGAGAAAGAAAAGGCAGAAUUCUUUAGAGUUGAACGCGAGAGGGCUCGACUCGAGAGGGAAAGAAUUGAACGCGAAAGAGAAGAACUAAGGAGACGACAGCAAAGUCAGGUUGUAAAUCAACAUAGAGUUGAUGACAGCCGUACGCGUCCAUCAGUUGCUUCCACUUUGGCCACAAAACGUCCAUUUGACUCACGAGGAAGUGAUCCAUUUUUUGAGGAUCGCAAACGAGUUCAGCAAAUGCAACGCUUAAAUAGUAGUGUAAUUCCCGGCAGACUAUCUUUCCCUCAGUCGACUCCAUUAAACAAUCGUCAUUCCAUUCCUCAAUCGUAUGUUAAUCGAAGUGAACCAUACAAACGAAAUACAAGGAUUGAGUCACCAAUUUCGGGAAAUUCGAGGCCAGUCUUUGACAUUAGACGUCACGAUUCUCGACAUUCAAUAAGUCAUGAUAGAGACGAAAGGAAAAGUGGAAUUACGACCUCUACUUAUAAUAGAGAGACUUCCAGAAAUGCACCGUUCAAUCCAAGAGAACGGAUCGGUAAAUUUGGUGGACUUCGUGAUGACUGGAAAAGCAAUCAGUAUCGACCAUCUGAACGAUAUUCAGAUAGAGGAGGAAACACAGGUAGAAAUUCUGGUUAUAACUCUCCCCGAUUUAAUUCAGAUGCAAGAAGUGGUGGUUGGGGUGGAAAACCAUCAAAUAGUGGACAUAACCACAUGUCUGGAAGUCAACAAUGGACACAAUCAUCUGGUACUCGAUGGAGCUCUUCUAAUGAGUCAAGAAAUAGAAGUCAUACAAACAUUAAUUCAGGAAUGAUAUCAUCGAGCAGUUCAUCAUUGGCUCACUUAUAUCCACCAAACCAACCAAUGCAAGGCAUUAUGAAUGCAAUUCCGCAUUCAAUUGCUAAUAACAAUUCAAAUAUGGGAUCUGGAGAUAGAUAUCUCCAUAAUAAUCGUCGAUUUUAAAUUAAUUUAAAUGAUUUUCUACUUUUUAAUGUUUGAAUGAUUUAUUAUUUAAACCAUAUAUUAUUAAUUCUAGAAAAAUAGUUGUAAUGUUGUACGUAAUUCAAUUGCAUAUCGGAUUUAUUAUUUAAUCAACUAUUGAUGUUAAUUAUAAUUAUUAUAUAU